UCGGAAUAGAAAAAUGUCUGCUAGAUACCUAGGUACAUGAUGUAAAUACUUUUAGCACAUCCAUAAUCACGCUAAUGCAGGUACGGCAUGGACUAAACUUCAAAAUUUCCAUAAUAGGAAAUUUUGCAUUUACAUAUUGCGUCACAGCUCGCUACGAGCCUGUACUUGGGUACCUAGGUACGUACAAUAGUAUCGAUAAUACUACGUCACUAUCGUCAUCUAUUCUUUCUUUUACUUGAAGAACCGAAGCUUGAAUUUGUUUCUCCCCGCCAAUACAAUUUCCUGGAUUGAACUUCGAAGUGAUUAAUUCUAUGCGAAGCCGACAGUUUGGGGAAAAAAAACACACACGACAAUGGCAGAAAUUGCGGCGGGUGUAUGGGCGGCCGAAGAGGUGGUCUCUACGGGUGUGUAUGCCGGCGCAGCCAGUUAUGCCGUAACGAAACCUACCAUGCCUCUUAAAGCGACCUUCGCGCAAAUUGGAUCUACCUCAGAUGAGGUUUCAAGAUCAUCUCUUAUUAGGUCCUAUCAUACUCUUACAGUCGUCGGCGACAAAGCCUAUAUCUUCGGUGGCCAAACUACCCAAGGAAAACUCGCUACCAAUAAUAUCCACUCCAUAGCAUUGCCGACGGCGAGCAACGCUACUCCCGAGUAUCAGGUGUUACCAGCUAUCGCUACCGAGAAGAAUCGUUCGAUCCCGGCUCCGCGAACUAAGCAUUCAGCUUGUGCACUUGAUAAACACAUUGCUGUGUAUGGGGGUUGCGAUGAUGCUGGAAAUGUCCUAAAUGAGGGUGCAAAGAUAUGGUUAUACGAUACCGAGAAAUUGUCGUGGGAAUGUCUUGAGCCUGCUAGUCACCCAGAGAGAGUACCUCCCCCGAGAAGUAGCGAGAGUUUAUUCAACCACGAUGGCAACAUCAUCCUCGUGGGAGGAAGGGAUUCUAGUGGCGUAGCGUUGACUGACGUCUGGCAUUUUGACUGUUUUACUAAGAUUUGGAAUCAGUUGCCGCAAACUCCAACCGUCACCGCGAGCGCAGCGAUCGCAGGUAACACACUAUACACCAUAUCUGGAUCUGACACAAUGAGCAGCGAGGUACACUAUUUAGAAAUCAAAUUAUACGCCGAGGAACCUCCAACGUGGGAGACCAUCUCAUUUCCGACAAACCCCCUAGCGCCCGGACCGAGACCACGAUCGAACGGUGGAUUAAUACCUGUUACGACCGGCUACGGUAGGAACUAUCUCCUUUACUUUUUCGGUGAUCGUCAAGGGGCAGCCGAGGAAAACGAUCUGCUUCAAUGGAGUGACCUUUGGACCUUCCAACUCCCAUCUAGCGAUGUGGAGGUCAAGGCAUCGACUAACGUAGCGGAAGCGAUAAAGCCUGCCAAAAUCAAAGACCAGAUCCGUACGAAGCUUGGCGCAGAUACGGGCAACUCCAGUUGGGCUGAAGUAGAGGUACAACCACCCGGUGACCUGCAAGCACACGAAGGCAAGGUGCAUCCCGGCCCACGAAGUUCAUUCGGCUACGACGUAACAUCCGACGGGAAGAGUGUCAUACUGUGGGGUGGAUGUAAUGCAGCAGGGGAGCCGGAAGGUGAUGGGUGGGUUAUUGGGUUAUCGUGAGGAGGUUCGUAUGCUUCAUCUACAUAUUUAGUUAUUCCUUUAGGCUGAAAACAUAGGGGGUGCUGGUGAACAUCAUCUAAGAAGAUACCUAGUAGAGGCGUAGCAUUUACCUAUUCAGUUACGAGAAGGGUUCAUUAUAGGUCCGCUAACAUAGGACAAUGUGUCUGAAUAGUCUAACAACGUUGGUAUUGUCUCGGCAUGGUCUUUUGGAUGAUAAACAAAUGCUUUAACUCCUAUCAAGGGUGAACAAAGGAUGCAUUUGGUAGAGCAAUUGGUGUUUGGUUAUGUAUAUUAAUCUGACCCUGAACUUGUGGUAUCGCAGAUAAUUGGAUAUGCCAACGACCUUAAUUAUAUUGCUUCACUAUUUGUAUCGGCUGGCUGAAG